AUGGUUUCCUCAACGGCCUCCAAUCUCGAGCGCGAGGAUCACGCUCGCGAUUCUCAGUUCAACAAGGCCCUGCACGGUAACAGUGCUAAAGCCGCUGGUGGUCUCGCCGCCAUGUUCAGCAAGGGCCACGAUGCUAAGCAGGCUGCUGUCGACGAGUACUUCAAGCACUGGGACAACAAGGCCGCCAAGGACGAGACCCCCGAGGAGCGCGCGGCCCGAACUGCCGAAUACGCGACUUUGACCAGACAGUACGGGCUACGCUACUACAACCUCGCCACCGAUCUGUACGAGUAUGGCUGGGGCCAGUCCUUCCACUUCUGCCGCUUCUCCCACGGCGAGCCUUUCUACCAGGCCAUUGCCCGUCAUGAGCAUUACCUCGCCCACCAAAUUGGCAUCAAAGAGGGCAUGGGGGUUCUCGACGUCGGAUGUGGUGUUGGUGGACCUGCGCGCGAAAUCGCAAAGUUCACCGGCUGCCACGUUACUGGCCUGAACAACAACGAUUAUCAGAUCGACCGAGCCACUCACUACGCUACGAAGGAGGGGUUGUCCGACCAACUUAAGUUCGUCAAGGGAGACUUCAUGCAAAUGUCUUUUCCCGACAACUCUUUCGAUGCCGUCUACGCCAUCGAAGCUACUGUGCACGCGCCCACCCUGAAGGGUAUCUACAGCGAGAUCUUCCGCGUAUUGAAGCCUGGCGGUGUCUUUGGUGUCUACGAGUGGUUGAUGACGGACCAGUACGACAACGACAACCUGGCCCACCGCGAGAUCCGCCUGGGAAUUGAGCAAGGCGACGGUAUUUCCAAUAUGUGCAAGGUCUCGGAGGGUCUCGCUGCCAUGAAGGCUGCUGGCUUUGAGAUGCUCCACCAUGAGGAUCUCGCCGACAGACCUGACCCUAUGCCCUGGUACUGGCCCCUAUCGGGCGAUCUCAAGUACAUCCAGUCUGUAUUUGAUGUAUUCACCAUUGUGCGGAUGACCAAGCUGGGGCGCUUCUUGAUGCACAACAUUGUUGGCGGCCUUGAGGCCAUCAAGAUCGCUCCUGCUGGUACCAAAAAGACGGCCGAUAGCUUGGCAUGGGCCGCCGACUGCCUUGUUGCCGGUGGCAAGGAGCACCUGUUCACACCUAUGUAUCUGAUGGUUGGAAAGAAGCCCACCAACUAG